CGAUAAUUUAGUGUUCUCAAGGACCGAGCGAGGUUGAAAAAACCAAAUCCCGAAGAUGAUGAACGCGUUCCUGGAGGGUGUGCCGUCGCACCCUCACCACCUCGCAAAUCUCGGUAUAAAACUCUCACCAGGUGGAACGUCGGAUGGUUCGGGGGUCCAACCGGCGGCGGGUGAGGCCCCGCAGCAGCAGCACUUCCACCCCCAGAGCUACGGUCACCACGGUCACGGGGGGCCUGGUCACAUGGGUCCGCACAUGGGGCAUCACAUGGGUCAUGCGGGGUACGCGGCUCGGGACUUCCUCCUGCGACGGGAGCACGACGCCUUCGGGGGUGCGACGAACCCAACGACGCCGGAAAGUGCGGGUUUGGGCCUCUUUCCGCCGCUGCAUCACGACGCCGGGGCCCCAGCGAUGCAGCAGUUCCCCCACCCUCACUCCCAGCACCCCUUGGCCGGUGGUCACUACGCCUCGCACUACCCCCAGGACUCGCGGCUGGCCCCGCACCACCAAUAUCUUGGUGGGCCUCACCUGCCCCCCGCGAUCCACCACCAACAACAUCCGGUCGCGCACGCCGUCCACCCCCACGGUGCCUUCCUGAGGUACAUGCGUGGUGGCGCCGCCCAGCGGCAGGAGAUGUCCUGCAUGUGGGUAGACCAGGACGCUCCUGGGCCCCGGAAGCUUUGUGGCAAGCUCUUCAACUCCCUCCACGACAUCGUCACUCACCUUACCGUCGAACACGUUGGAGGACCAGAGUGCACCACCCACGCCUGCUUCUGGCAGGGAUGCUCCCGCAAUGGAAGGGCCUUCAAGGCUAAGUACAAGCUCGUCAACCACAUCAGGGUUCACACUGGAGAGAAACCGUUUUCUUGUCCUUUUCCUGGAUGUGGGAAGGUAUUCGCUAGGUCCGAGAAUCUCAAGAUUCACAAACGCACGCAUACCGGGGAGAAGCCGUUCAAGUGUGAAUACACCGGUUGCGAGAGGAGAUUCGCGAACAGCAGUGACCGGAAAAAGCACAGCCAUGUUCACACCUCGGACAAGCCUUACAACUGCCGGGUAUCCGGAUGCGACAAGUCAUAUACCCACCCAAGCUCUCUGCGCAAACACAUGAAGGUGCACGGCAUGACGCUUGGAGAAGGAAAAAUCGGAGGCGGUUACGAGAGCGAGGGUGAAGAGAGCAGCAGCAGCGGUGGCAGCCUCUCGGUCACGGGUCACACGGAGUCGCCGCAACCUCCAGCGGCGGUUCCGACGGCGCCGAGCAACGCGGCGCCUCACGCAGCCUCCAGAGGGCCUGAAUUGACGGAAUGGUACGUGUGUCAACCGCCGGUGGCGCCACAGCACAGUCCAUUGCCAGGGCCACCACCGCCUCACCACCUCAGCCAUCACUUUAACCCGCUGAUGCACCACCAGACGACUGCGUAUUAAAGGUGGCGGGACUGAUAGCCGCAAGGCAUUCAACGCUAUACACUGAGAAACGCUUCAUCCCGGCUGAAGAGGAUGACCAGAAGCCAAAGAUGGAUGCCGAAUCCUGCAGCCGAGCGGAUUUUGGCCCCCGGAAGAAUUGUAGCGGGAGUAAGGAAUCGAGCGUAGAUCGUGUGAGGAGUGGUUUUCAAUAUUCUGAAACAAACUCUGACUAUAUGUCAAGGGUUUUCGAAUCGAAAGCAACUUC